AUGACAAAUUUAUGGUUGGUCGCGUCAUUUGUGGCUUUUUGCAGGCUUGAAGGUGUCGAGUUGAAUGAAGAAUACGCGGUUACUGAUCCAGAUAAGAUUGCUGAUGAAGUCGCUACGCUUGUUCAGAUACAUGAAACCAUACCUCGCAUAAAACUGACACAUUUGUCGUUUCACCACGCUCUUGCGAUUGUCAGACUCCGCACGGACAUUGUUUUGUUUCGAAAGGAUCCGGAAUUUAUUAAGUUAGGUAAGACGAACAUAACGGCGGCUGAAAUGUUUAAUCAGCCUGUAGCUGUAGAUUCCGGAGUGAACAUAACAUCACAGCAAGGAGAAAGCUUGGAUUUUUCUCUUGUGGAACGGGUAAUCCAAUCGAUGACUGCUGGCGUUGUGACCGUAACUGGCACAAGAACCGUAAACGCCUCGCGGAUUGUGGGAUCGGUUUUGGACGGAACGCAAUUGGUGGUCGCGAUGGACGCUUCUACGUCGUCACUGACCCGACUGAUGAGGACGUUGUUAACCCCAAACCAGGAACUCUUCGCCAUGCCGUUAUCCAAGAGGAGCCUCUAUGGAUUGUAUUCAAAAGAGACAUGGUGUAGACAUGGGUAUUUCCAUGUGGUUAACAACGACUACACACAUUGGGAGAUGUACGCCAUUGGUGGGAGUGCAGGGCCAACCAUCAACAGUCAGGGAAACAGAUACGCAGCUCCCAUGGACCGUUUCGCCAAGGAGGUGACGAAAAGAGUAGAGACGGAUGCAAGUGAGUGGAAGAAGUGGAAUUGGAGAUCGGAAGGAGAUCUUCUACUGAAUGGAGCAUUCUUCAGGGCAUCAGGAGAAGGAGCUUCAGCUAGCUAUGGACGAGCUUCAAGCUUAGCAGCUAAACCAUCAUCAAUGGUCAACACUAUUACCUCUACUGCAGGAGCAUUAGGUUGCCGUAAAGGCAGACCUUGCUAG